UGCGGACGACGCGGUGGUGCUUGGGAAGCGUGUGGGAGUCUAAUUGGGAGGUGUGUGGGAAGGUUGGCGGCCUCUCUCGACCAACCUACGGGCGCAAAGGGGGCGGGUGCGAAGCGGCAGCCUGCACCGAUCUGCGGGGACAGCAACUUCUUGCUCGGCUUGGUUGGGAUGGGGAGUAGCGAAGGGGGGCGUUCGGCUGAGGCCGUGUCUGCGGCCGACCGUAUCCGCAGGUGGAGGGUGCCAGAGUUCGUCGGCGUGGUGGUUGGGCUAGCCGUUGUUUCGCUCGUGCAGGCCUGCUUUUCCGAGUACGAGCAAUUCGUACCCGAGAACAACAAGGAGGGCAUCAACGGCUUCCCAGUCGGCCUUGGAGCAGAGUGGUGUACGGCGAGCGACCUCUCGUCAUGUGUAAUCCAGUCCGAAAGCGGUUGUUGCAAAGAGCUGCAGGAGGGAAAAUCGCCGCAUGAAACCGUCGACGACUUUCAGCUUUGGUUUGUCUACUUGGUGAUCCCGGCCGCCUUCUUCGCGGUGCGCCAGAUCCUCACCAAACUCGGGCUGCACAGAGGAGCGGCGAGCCUGGCCGACGUAAUCCUCGGCCUCGUGUUCUGCCUGGGGCUUUCUGUUGCUCUCACGGACGCCAUCAAGGUCAUGGUCGGGAGGCCUCGCCCAAAUUAUGCCGCCCUCAGGGCCCUGGUGGAGUACGGCGGUAGCAACAUGAUGUCUUUACAGGCCAAGAGCAUCAGAAGCUUCCCCUCUGGCCAUUCUUCCAUGUCGAUGGCGGGUAUGUUCUACAUCACGCUCGUUUGCUGGGGCGACCUCUCUCGCUCUGCGGCGGAAUACAAGGGCUGGAGAAGAUCCCUCUUGGCGUACCUAUCUAUCUGUCCCAUCUUGAUCUCGAUCUGUGUGGGCAUCAGCCGCAUCCGCGACUUCUGGCACUUUCAGGACGACGUGGUUGCUGGCUGGGCCCUUGGUGCUGCCAGCGCCGCGUUGGCGGUGAGGUGGGUAACCUUUUCCGAGGCGUUUUGGAAGGGGGGGAAGACCGACCGCUACGGAGUCGUGGCGGCCGACGACGGGUUGCUGCAGCAAAAAGGUGACAACGGGGGCGGCAUGCAGCUCAUGAUGGGGGUAAGGGACUACGGCAGCAGCAGCGAUGAUGGGGUGGGCGGAGGGACCAAGGUGAUUGGUGGCGCUACCGGCGACACCUUGGCAUAGAAACUGCUGGAGAGGAUAGUGUAUCUUCCGGUUCGGCGGCGCGAUUGUACGAUCGCGCUGGCGUUUCCUCAAAUCACGACAUACACUGUCGUCUUGUAGUUGGAAUAGUUCGCGGAAUAAUUGUGUCCUGCGGAUGGUUUUCAAUAUCCUGGCUGUUUCCCGCAGCACAUGUUGUCCGUUGUGUGUGCUUAUUUUUUUUUUUCGGCCCCGCCGUUUCGAGCACAACCUGUAAAAUAGGGGGUCCCCAUGUGUGCUGGGAUUUCGUGGCACGUGUCAUGUCUGCUGGAAGAAGAAUGGUCAAAAUAGAGGGUGCCGGGGGGGUGCGUAUUUAUGCCUCAUGGGUUGUACUUGUCCUUCGGACGACUUCUCAUGUCGUGCGGGGGGGCCCAGAUCAGUGCCCUGGAACAGUUUGUAAGCAGUCGCCAAUACAUGGCACAGUGAGCUUAGGGUGUCGUAAUAAGGGUAGGAUUGUAUUCAUACGAGAGGACUUGAGGCGGCGAAGGAGGGCACCAAGCCUGAACGCAUGCCGAGGAGCUGCAUUUUCUGCGCUAUGUUUUGAGGACGUCCGUGGUGCGGAAAGUUGUUAUUUUUCGUCUGGUUUGUUUACGCUCGAGUAGUAAUACCCGUACGGUAUGGUAUGAUCAGCGUCUUGCCGCCUCCUUGCCUUUUUUUUUUUGGCCGGGGCAUGGUGUAUCGUAUUGGCGCAGGCGCAGGUGCUGGAAGGAAGAGCCCAUGUACUUACGAGCACGGAUCCAACAGAUUGAUGUUUUGUCUCUGCGACAUGAAUUUAUCGGCUGAAGCCGAAGCAAGUCCACACAUGAGAUGAUACGACGGGCCUCUGACAGUGCACAUAUUCCGCAGAAUGCUGAAGAAGAAAAUUCCGUC